AUGGCAAACAAGUACCAUAUUCGUUCAAUUAGUUUGCCUUCAAGAUCUCAUCCUAGCACCAUUAGAGUAACUGAAGAAUUGAACAAGCUCAAGGCUUGGGAAGUAACAUCCACAUCCACAUCCACAUCAGCCUCUAUUCUUAUUGCUCUUUCCUUACUUGAAGAUUUGUAUAUUUCAUUGGAACAUCUUCUCAACAUGCCAUCAACUCAACAGCUGAUUUCUCAUCAUAGAGGUGAGAAAUUCAUUCAAGAGGUGCUAGACAGUUCUAUGAGAAUUCUGGAUGUAUGUGCAUCACAAGGGACACUGUGUUGCAAAUCAAGGAAAAUGUUCAAGCCCUUCAUUCUUCUCUUAGAAGAAAAAAAGGAGAUUCAUGUGUUCAAACUAGUGUGGCGGAAUACAAAUUCUUCACAAAAAAAAUGA